AGGAAGGGGAAGGACAAAGUCACAGCCUGGAAGAAACUUUGUGCCCUUGGAGGUCUUUCUCCCUGCCUGUCCCCAUGCCUCUCCUCCUCUUGCUGCUUAUGCUGCCAAGCCCCUUAUACCCCUCUCUCAUCUGUGAGACUGAGAUUGAGGUCGUGGGCAACCUGGUGAGUGAGAACUGUGAGAACAUGAACCUGAAAGGGCUGCCUACAGACUUGCGAGCAGACACAGCCAUCCUCCACCUGGGUAAGAACAACCUUGUCAAUUUCUUCAUGAAACCCCUGGUGCCUUUCACUCAUCUCACUCAGCUGUACUUGGAUCAUAAUGAGCUGACCUGGCUGCAGACUGAUGCUAUUUUGCCCUCUCUGAAGACCCUGGAUAUAUCCCACAAUAAACUGAAAACACUGCCCUCUCUAGGGCAGGUGAUGCCUGUGCUCAAUACUCUGGAUGUCUCAUUCAACCAGUUGACUUCAUUGUCUCCUGAUGCCCUGGCUGGCCUGAGCCAACUCCAUGAGCUCUCCCUGCAAGGUAACAAGCUGAAGACUCUGCCCCCUGGACUCCUGGUAUCCACAUCCCAGCUGAAGAAGCUCAAUCUAGCUAAUAACCAGCUGAAUGAACUGCCCCCUGGGCUCCUGAAUGGGUUGGAGGAGCUUGACACCCUCUUCCUCCAAAGUAACUGGUUACGCACAAUAUCAAAGGGUUUCUUUGGUGAUCUCCUCCUGCCUUUUGUUUUUCUUCAUAGCAACUUAUGGCAUUGUGAUUGUGAGAUCCUCUAUUUCCAACGCUGGCUUCAGGACAAUAAAAAUAAUGUCUACUUAUGGAAGGAGGGUGAGGAUGUCAAGGCUAUGACCCCCAAUGUAGCCAGUGUGCUAUGUAUCAAUUUGGGCAAAAUACCUGUCUACACAUAUCUAGGCAAGGAGUGCCCCACCCUUGGUGAUAAUAAUCACAUAGACUACGAUGAAUAUGAUACAGCCCCUGAAGAUGGAAUGGUACCUGCCACAAGGGCUGUGGUCAAAUUCUCUACCAACACCAAAGCCCAUACAACCCACUGGGGCCUGCUCCAUUCAGAAGCUACCUCUCCUCUGGACAAAAAAAUGCCACACGAAUCCACUAAGGAACAGGCCACCUUCCCAACUACACGGAGCCCAGAUUCUUCCACAUUCCUGAUGACCACAGAAUCCACCACAUUCUCCAAAAUGCCCAAACCUACUACUGAACCUACCACAACCCGGACUAUUCCAGAACCUACCACAACUUUGACAACUGCAGAGCCAACCACAAGUCCAACCACCCCAGAAGCUACCACAACCCGGACCACUCCAAAAUCUACCACUACAAUCCUGAACACCUCAGAACCUACAACCUCAACUGCUCUAGAACUUACAGCCUUAACUACCCUACAGCCCACCUCAACCUCAACUAUCCGAGAAUCUACCACUCCAGAACUUAAAACUGUAAAUUUCUCAGAGCCCAGCACAACCUGGACGAGCCCUGAGCCCAGCACAACUUGGAUUACCUCAGAAUCCACAACUUGGACCAACCCAGAACCCAUUACAGAACUACCUUUUAACACAGAGACUACCUUAUUCUCUAGUUUCUUAGAAUCUAUCACAGCCGUCACUCCAGAAUCUCUCAACUUCUUAAAGGUGCAAGGAGUAGCUCAAGGGAAUCUUGACAGCUCCAGAAAUGAUCCUUUUCUCAACCCUGACUUUUGCUGUCUCCUCCCUCUUGGCUUCUAUCUCCUGGGUCUCCUCUGGCUCCUGUUUGCCUCUGUGGUGCUCAUCCUACUGCUAACUUGGGUUUGGCAUGUGAAACCACAUACCCUGGUCUCUGGUCAUUCUGUGACCCUGACCACAGCCACUCACACCACACACCUGGAGGUACAGAGAGGAAGGCAGAUAACCAUGCCUCGGGCCUGGUUGCUCUUCUUUCAAGGAUCGCUUCCUACUUUCCGUUCUAGCCUUUUCUUGUGGGUAAGGCCUAAUGGCCGUGUGGGGCCUCUGGUAGCAGGACGGCGGCCUUCCAUCCUGAGUCAAGGUCGUGGGCAGGAUCUGCUGGGCACAGUGGGCAUUAGGUACUCUGGCCACAGCCUCUGAAGGUGAGAGGUUUGGGGGACCCUUGAGAGGCUUGUAUGGGUUGUCCUGCUGGGAUCGAACUGGGGUGAGUGUAAGACACACAGAAUCACAAGGUCUUAAUUUACUUUUCUGUUACCUGAAGGCUUCCUUUCACAUUCAGGAACACAAUCCCAGCUCCCACAAAGCAGGAGGGGUAAAGGUGAUGGAGUUGGGUCAUAGAGCUAAGCUCCUUGGUGGGUUGCCAUCAUAUUCGGGAAGUUUUUUUUUUUUUUUCCUCAGG